UGAGAUAUAUAGACCAGUCUAGUCGUCGAUCUCUGACUAAAGCAAGAAUGUGGUUUCUAAAGCUUUCAUGUAUUCUCCAAUUACUCAUCGUUUUUUCUCUGUUUCAAGUACCCGCUUUUGCAAUAAAAAAGUCUUAUGUAGUGUAUCUGGGAUCCCAUGCACAUGGUCCACAAGUCUUAGAAGCUGAUCGUGAACGUGCAACUGAUUCGCAUUAUGAAUUCCUCGGAUCAUUCUUGGGAAGCACUGACAAAGCGAAGGAAGCGAUUAUUUACUCGUACAAUAGAUAUAUCAAUGGUUUUGCUGCCACCCUUGAAGAGGAAGAGGCAGCUGAAAUUGCAAAGCAUCCAAACGUUGUCUCAGUUUUCUUAAACCAAGGAAUAAAAUUGCAUACAACCCAUUCAUGGAAUUUUAUGCUACUGGAAAGGAACGGAGUAAUUCACCCCAGUUCUAUAUGGAAGAAGGCCAGAUUUGGGGAAGAUACGAUCAUAGCCAAUCUUGACACUGGUGUGUGGCCCGAAUCGGAGAGCUUUAGUGACAAAGGGUUUGGACCCAUUCCAUCAAGGUGGAAAGGAAUCUGUCAGAACGAUACCACUGGGUUUUCCUGCAACAGGAAGCUCAUCGGAGCAAGGUACUUCAAUAAAGGACAUGCUGCACUGGCAGGGCCAGUACUCGACCCUUAUGUUUACUCUGCACGAGACUUAAACGGUCAUGGCUCUCACACUCUAUCGACAGCAGGUGGGAACUUUGUUCCUGGAGCUAGUGUGUUUGGCGUGGGGAAUGGGACUGCCAAAGGUGGCUCCCCCAAGGCCCGAGUUGCUGCUUAUAAAGUGUGCUGGCCAGAAUUUGGCAGUGAGUGCUCUGAUGCUGACAUCUUGGCAGCGUUUGAUGAAGCAAUACAUGACGGGGUUGAUGUGAUUUCAGUUUCACUUGGUGUCGACCACCCUCAAAAUUACUUUGAGGAUGGCGCUGCAAUUGGGGCAUUCCAUGCUGUCAAGCAUGGUAUAGUUGUUGUAUGCUCAGCAGGAAAUUCUGGUCAUUAUGCUGGAACUGUCACAAAUGUUGCACCAUGGAUAAUAACCGUUGGAGCAAGUACUUUGGAUCGAGAGUUUGAAGCUUUUGUUGAACUCCGUAAUGGGCUGCGCCUCAAGGGAAGAAGCCUUUCUAAACCUUUGCCAGAUGACAUACUUUAUCCACUUAUAACUGGUGCACAAGCCAAAGCUGUCAAUUCUUCUGCUGAAGAUGCGAUGCUUUGUCUUAGAGGAACUCUGGAUCCUAAGAAGGUGAAGGGCAAAAUUUUGGUCUGUCGUAGGGGUAUCAGUCCAAGACUAGACAAGGGUCAACAAGCAGCUCUGGCCGGAGCAGUUGGGAUGAUUCUUUGUAAUGAUGAGGCCAGUGGUAAUGUACUCUCUGAUGAUUAUCACGUACUACCAGCUUCAAACAUUAAUUAUAAAGAUGGGGUUGCUGUCUUUGCCUACAUAAAUUCAACAGAUGAUCCAUUGGGAUUUAUAACGGCCCCAACAGCACAGCUGAAUAGAAAACCUGCUCCAUUCAUGGCAGCUUUCUCCUCGCAAGGGCCAAACAUGCUCACUCCUCAGAUCCUUAAGCCUGAUAUCACUGCUCCUGGUGUAAAUAUCAUAGCUGCAUACACCCAAGCAAAAAGCCCUACAGGACAAAGCUAUGAUAAACGCAGGAUUCCGUUUGUUACUGAAUCUGGCACCUCCAUGUCUUGCCCUCAUGUAGCUGGAGUUGUAGGCCUUCUGAAGACGCUCUACCCUGACUGGAGUUCAUCUGCAAUAAAAUCUGCAAUCAUGACAACUGCAAGAACGAGGGACAACACUGUGAAUCCAAUGCGGAAUGGCUCGUUCAUUAAAGCAACGCCAUUCAAUUAUGGGCAUGGUCAUAUAAGACCAAAUCGUGCCAUGGAUCCUGGCUUGAUCUAUGACCUAAACAUCAAUGAUUACCUAGACUUUCUUUGUGUCAUUGGCUAUAACAAGACAAUGAUGCAACUUUUCUCUGAAGCUCCUUAUAAAUGCCCCAGGUCAGCCAGUCUUGUUGACUUCAAUUACCCUUCAAUAACAGUCCCUGAUUUGUCUGGCUCAGUCACUGUGACAAGAAGAGUGAAGAAUGUUGGUUCUCCUAGAGGGGCCACAUAUGCAGUCCGAAUUCGCGAACCAGUUGGAAUUUCAGUAUCAGUGGAGCCUAAUAUCUUGAAGUUCAAUAAAAUAGGUGAAGAGAAAAGUUUCAAGGUAACCCUGAAAGCUAAGAGACCUGGUGCAGCUAAGAACUAUGUGUUUGGAGGGCUUAUUUGGUCGGAUGGCAAACACUAUGUAAGGAGUCCAAUAGUAGUUUCCUCUGCUGCUGGUGCUGUUUAGACAUUAAAGCGAGUAUGUAGGCUUUUUAGUAUUAGGAAGGAUCCAAUCUUUAAUUUGGUUUCUGACAGUCAGUCUAGUUUUUUCCUUGACCUUUUCAUCUUUUUAUCUAGCUUAGCCUUGGUUUAGGGGGUUCAGUUUACAAUUACAUGAGGUGGGAAAAGGCGUUUUCACCAUCAAUGUUUAAUCUUUUUUUUAUAUUAACCUUUUUUUUUUUCAUGAAUCAUUUGUUAGCUAUACAUGUUCAAUUUUCUACGAUUUAGGAGAUAUGCAAAAGGAAGUGUUAUUCUUGUUUCU